GCUGGAAGAAGUGGACACUAAAUGACGUAAGGAAAGAAGAUUCGUCCAGGAGGGGAGACCAUCUUUGAUCUGAUUUUUGGAUGGCAAUUGCACUUCACACUUGUUCUUAUUAAUAUGACGGAGUAGAUUAUUAUUUAUUUUCAUUGAAGGUCGCUUACAUAGGAAUAAUCAAUCGUAACGUGAAUAGUGAGUACUGAGUUAAGUACAUGAUAGAAGUCGAAUCUCCUGAGAAGACCGUCAAGAAAAUGGUAGAAUUGGGGAAAGCAAAAGAAAACAUGAAGGUUGAACCUGGAUGUAAUGGGACAGGGACCAGCCACCACGGUCAAGAACAAUCUGCACCAGUUGGAAUUCCUGAAAACAAUUCGUCUCAUUACCAACAUCAUAACAACGCCCAUUCUAACCACUCGAAUCCACCAAGUCCAAUUCCGUCCUCUUGCGUGGCUCCAUCCACAUUUCCAAACUCUCAAAAAAUGGUGAAAAUUACGGCCGACGAAAAGCCGCAUCCUGUACCGGUACGACCACCUUCAAGGAAGAAUUUAAGUGCGACCACUCCACCUCCGGGACCAAUCAUAUACGUUCCCAAAGAGAAUGAAUUUGGAAGCAACUUUAAGAUUUUACCAGUUUCGGAUCAAAUUAAAGAACUUCAGACCAUCAUCAGGGAUAAGAACACUUCAAGAAGUGACUUCAAGUUUUAUGCGGAUCGUCUGAUUAGACUGGUCAUUGAGGAAUCUCUCAACUUACUUCCGUUCCAGCCGCACCAAGUUGUGACGCCUACGGGGGCAACGUAUGAUGGCUUGAAAUACGAACGAGGAAAUUGUGGAGUGAGUAUCGUCAGAUCUGGAGAAAGCAUGGAGGCUGGAUUACGAGACUGUUGCAGAUCCAUCAGAAUUGGAAAAAUUUUGGUUGAAAGUGAUGCAGAUACACAUGAAGCCCACGUCGUUUAUGCUCGAUUUCCCGACGACAUCAGCAAACGCAAAGUGAUUUUGAUGUACCCGAUCAUGUCCACUGGAAACACCGUAAUCAAAUCGGUCAACGUUCUCAAGGAACAUCAUGUCCCAGAAGAUAAUAUCAUUCUGGCCAACUUGUUUUGCACCCCACACGCUGUGGGAAGCGUGCUAACUACUUUUCCCAACAUGAAAAUUCUGACAUCUGAAAUUCACCCCGUGAGCCCCACUCAUUUUGGACGAAGAUAUUUCGGGACAGACUAAAUAUUGUUCUCAAAUAUGAUGCAAUGAAGGGGAGAAUUUGAAGAAAUAUUGAUGUCGACUGAACAUUUGCAUGAUUACUUGUAGUAUUUAAUACAAUCUACAUACAUCCACUAUCGGCUUAUAAAUUCUUCUAUCUGACGUUUAUAAAUGUGUACAACAAUGAAAAACAUCUGCUCUCUUACCAGAUGGUGCAUGUCUUUAUAUUUAAAACAUCUCUAUGUGAAACAAACCUUGAAACUGACAAUCUCCUGCAUCUAUUUAUUCUUGUUCUGGAAUUACUCAGUGAAAUAUUUAUAAAUUUAUGUUUGUAUUUAUCAUAUGUACUUGUUUGCUACUCUCUUUGCAGUUUUGAUAAUUUUACAUUGUGGAGUUCUUGUUAAAUAUUAGAAAGACUUCAAAUUCAUAGUCAUUACAACUCGUGUAUACAUUGAGUUGAAAAUUGAGACUUAUUAGAAAAUUCGCUAGUUAUUAUAUGUGAUACUAUAAAUGCAUGAUGUACUUAUCAUUGUUACUCUUGUUCCUGUGAUUGCCAUUCUUUUAAGUGUACCGUCUUAUAUGUUAACAAUAUGAUCUUCUACAUAUUAUGAGUAAAUAAUCUAUCAUCACGUUGAUGUUAUUUGUAAUCAAACUUAUAAAUUUUAUUUAAGACAGCUUUAUUCAGGCAAUGUUUCAAUGUUUGUAACAUGGAUCCCUUGAAGAAACUUGAAUAAACAUCAGACAUGAUUUUAUUAUUG